AUGGCGCCUGGUUCAAUUGAUCCGGAGCCUCUGCCUUGGCAGUCUACAGUUGAGCGCAAGAAACAACAACAGCGUGACAUUUUGUCCAAGGCUUUAUUGGAACUUGAGAAUAGCCAAGACUUACAACAUGUCGAUGUCAAUCAGCUUGCCGACACAGCCCAAACUUUAAGCCUUAUAUCCAGCGGGCAGCUGACAUGCAAAGCCGUUGUGCAAAGGUUGAUUGGACGAGCGAUCCAAGUUCAUCAAGAGACCAACUGUUUAACCGAAGUUGCUUUCGAAGAUGCGUUGCAACAGGCUCAAGAGCUUGACGCUUACAUGGUCAGCAAUAAAAAGCCAAUCGGGCCUCUACAUGGCUUGGUGGUCACCCUCAAGGACCAAUUCAACAUUAAGGGAUAUGAUAGUACUCUAGGCUACGUUGGGAGGUCUUUCAACCCAGCUACCGACGACGCCGUACUGGUUAAGAUGCUCAAAUCACUGGGGGCUAUUGUUCUCGCCAAGUCAAACUUGCCUCAGAGUAUCAUGUGGUGCGAGACAGAGAAUCCACUCUGGGGAUUGACUACCAAUCCCAUGAAUAAAGAUUAUACACCAGGUGGCUCUACAGGCGGAGAGGCUGUCCUGAUUUCUUGCGGUGCCUCUAUGAUUGGAUGGGGCACGGAUAUUGGUGGAAGCAUUCGGAUUCCGAGCCACAUGAUGGGCUUAUAUGGCUUGAAGCCAAGUAGCACAAGGCUACCUUACCAAGGUGUCCCAGUCUCGACAGAGGGACAGGAACAUGUUCCAUCUUCGAUUGGUCCGAUGGCAAGAGACUUGGGCAUGAUCAAACAUGCCAUGCAUAGCUUGAUUGAGUCAAAGCCAUGGGAAUAUGACGCACGCUGUGCACCCCUUCCUUGGCGAGGCCAUUUAUACGAAGAAAUGCACAGUCGCCCACUUACUAUCGGUGUUCUGAUGGACGACGGAGUUGUUCGUCCGCAUCCGCCGAUAACUCGAGUCUUGCAAGAUGCAGUCGAAGCUUUAAGACGGGAGGGACACGAGAUUGUGGAGUGGAACACUGAGCUCCACGAGCAGUGUAUAAGAACUAUGGAUAUGUUUUAUACCGCUGAUGGUGGUGAAGAUAUCCGCCAAGAUAUAUCAAGAGCCGGAGAACCAUUCAUCCCUCACGUCAAACGACUUGUCAACAAAGGUCAAGCAAUUUCGGUGUACGAAUAUUGGAAGCUCAACAAGAAGAAGUGGGAUCUUCAGCAAGGGUACUUGGAGAAGUGGAACUCGAUCCAGUCUACCACUGGCAAAAGGGCUGACAUACUUCUCAUGCCCGUUAUGCCGCAUACCGCUGUUAGACAUGGCGGAUGCGGUUGGGUUGGGUAUACAAAGGUCUGGAACGUUCUUGACUAUACCGCGAUGGUGAUACCUGGCGGGACGGUACAGUCGGGGGAUGUCGACUUACCGUUCAAGUACCCUGCUAGAGGACCUGAGGAUGAAUGGAACCAGGGGCUCUGGAUCAAAGACAAAGGCGAGAUGGCUGCGAUGAAGCUCCCAGUUGGGCUGCAGAUCGUCGGACGGAAACUUGAAGAGGAGAAAGUGCUUGGGGCCGCUGAGGUGAUCGAUCGCGUGGUGAGAGACAUAUUGCCUCGUUAA